AUGGUUGUCCGGGGCCUGCAUGCCGAUGCCCUCCAGUUGAUCCAAGAUCGCGUUGAGGAGCUGAGGGGUCCGGAAAAAAAGUCUGCAUUGGUCCACCUUGGGUCGGGCGGUGUCGCUGCAUUGCAGGAAUGCAGUGCGAAUGAAGAGGCACUAGCACUGGCCACAGAAGUGCUGGCCAUCACGCAGGAAAUCGGAAACAGGCACGAAGAAGCGUGGAUGCUGAAAAAGCUGUCCGAGGUGCGGAGCGGCAUGAAGCAAUACUCCGAAGCCCUGGUCUGUGCACAGGAGGCACAGACGAUUUUCCAGGAGCUUGGGGACCAGAGUGGUGCCUUGGCGCUUAAAGGGCAGCUGGAGUCGGAGCCGGGAGCCAGUGGUUUCAAGGCAACCUUUGACAAGGACCCCGACGUGUACAAGUGGUACAUCCAAGCUUCUGCCCAGUACUUCCAGGUCUCGGUCGAUGAGGCCGAGUCCAUGGUCGGCAGGGCACCCCUCAAUCCCAUGCAGCAUGCGAUCUCCUUCGACGCACGGGGCUUCCCUGGCGGAGGUCUUUACAUUGCCUUCCGCUUGGGUGCCAUGGGGUACGGGCCAAGCUUCCGGCCUAUCCAGCAAGUCUACCGGCAGGGUAGGCCGUACGAGGCAGAGCAAGGGGAGCCACCUGUCGCACUGGGCGUCUUGCGGGAUGAGACCGCGGAGGAAUGGGAGCGUGUUGCGCUGAUGCAGGCUCAUGCUGGGAUUCUAGACGGCUCUCUGCAGCUCCGGCGGCAUAAUACAAGUGGGGCUACGUAG